AAGGACUUGGGACUCUGCUGGCACCAGAUAGCAACUGGAAUGCAAGCCAAACAAGGCUUGGAGCCACACGCUUUGUUUUAAUGAGGACCUUGGAAACUUUGCAGCUCUCAAAAGUUUACUCGUUGAAAUGUCUACUACAACGACUGCACAAACCCAGGUUCACGCUCAGCAUGUUCCUGUCGACGUAGCCAGAAUGCCAGCCUCGGGCUCCACAAAUAUCUUGUUGGAGAGUGAUUUGGCUGCCGUUGAACAGCUUUGCCAACCACUAAUAUGUGGGGGUGACAGCUAAAGCUGCGCCGCAAUCAUAAUUCACCUGCUACUCCUAGCCAAUCUUUCCGUACUGUCAAGCUCGCACAUUCUACAAAAUGACUCGUUAUUGCUGAGAAGGCUGCUGCCUUGGAAAGGGUUCGCCACGAGAAAUUCCUGUUAUCUGCAUUCGAGGACGAAGCACGUGAUGCUUCGAAUAGGGCAAGGCAGGCGGAAAAAUACUGUGAUCUGAUUCGACAGAUAUUUCAAGAUGAUUUUGCUAACUAUGACGAUGAAGAUGAGGAAUAGGAUUUAGUUGACGAGGAUGAUUUAACAAAAGAAGGAAUCAACAUCAACGGAUAAUCUCGUGCCAUGAUACUCUUUAUUCAUUCGAGUCGCAUACUAGUACAUCCGCGCAAUCCCAGGUGUGAAUACCCACGAG